CAGAGGGUGGUGCUGGGUGCCACACCUGCGGGGCGGUGCUGGCAGCCUGUGGUGGCACUGCCUGCCCAGGGCCGCUCGGAGCCAGCCAUGCCGGGGAUGCUGGCCGCGGGGCAGAGUGACUCUGCCGCCUGGCCAGCGGCUUGCCUGGCUGGGGAGCCGAGCUGUGUGUCCUGGGGGCUCUGGAUGCUGGCUGCGCUGUGCUGGAUCACCGCCCGCUCCCUGCUGUCCUGCGAGUGCCCGGGGCAGGGCCAUCGGCAGCCGUCCGUCCUCUGCCUCCUGUACAGCUUCCUGGGCCACAUUUGCAACACGGUUGGGGCGCUGCUCGCCAGCCAGCUCGGCAUCCAGAUCCUCACAGGCACCUACAUGGCUGUGGCCGAUAUUGUCCGCUUCCUGCUCAUCCUCUUUCCCCCGUGCCCGCCUGAGUCCCAUAAGAUAGCAGGUCUGCCCUGCCGGAGGAGGAGGUGGCGGCGGCUGCGGGGUGGUCUGCUCGCCCUCACCCUGCCCCUGUCUGUGGGUGCUGGCAGGUCUCUGCUGGUGCCCAGCCCCUGGCCCUCCCGGGGGCAGCUCAAGGGAGCCCAGCGGAGGCUGCUCGGGGCAGUGUUCGAGGACAACAGGGAAGCGCUGGGCUUUGUCCUGGGGCUGCUCUCUGCCUUUGUUGCCCUCACGGCCAGGAUCCCCACACUCUCCAGAGCAUGCAGGGGGAAGGCAUGCCAGUGGAGGCGGCUGUGGGCCACCCUCUGCUCCGCCGCAGCCAGCGUCCUCUACGCAGCAGCGAUUGUCACCUACAACCAGCAGCCUGCGCACGUCCUGAGGGCCCUGCCCUGGCUCCUGAUCGCCCUGGGCUCGGCUGCGCUGGAUGUGGUCCUCCUGUUUGUCACCUGCACGGCCAAGAGCCAGAUGGGCCAGCGGCUUGUACCAGAGGUCCCUGAUGCUUGGGUCCCCCUGGCUGGAGAUGGAGAGGAAGGUGACAGAAGAGCAGUGGAAGAAGAGGCUGUGAACUGGGCCCCACUUAACAUGUUUCCAAAACCCAGGUCUGGGCCCAGAAUGGUGGCAACCAGCCACUGCUUAGACCUGAUGAUCAGGCUGGUGCAGCAGACUGGUCACAGUGUGGCGAGGCUGCCCAGGGAUGCACAGAUGGGUGCAGCAGGCCCCGUGCCACCGCAGCCCCCUGCCUGCCCCCCGCUCCCGGCCCUGCACACUGGGCUCUCCUCAUCCAGCUCUUCUGACGCUGCCUCCGUCAACUCGGAGCUCGAGGUGCUGGCUGCCGUAAAGGAGACUGCUGCUGAUUCCUGCAAUGGGGAGGUGAAUUUCUUGCCCUGGGAUGAUUUUGUGCCUCAAAAUGUGUGUGGUGCAGACCAGAGGAAGCUGCAGAAAUGUAGGAGACAAUGCAAAGGUCAGGAGGGAGCAGCCAGUUUGCAUUCACAGGGCUGAGCACGUUGAAGCGCCUUGGGCCACGUGGGCACUGGUGAGGCUGCAGCUGCAGUGCGGGGAUCCCCAGGACCCUGCAGCCUAUGCUGAUGGAUUUAUUGCACAUGAAGUACUGCUUUGUCUCAAACCUCAUCUAUCUUUCAAACCCACCUGUUGUGCCCUGCUGCCCAGCCCUGGGUGGCCUGGACACUCAGUUGGAGCAAGAAGAUCCAGGAUGAGGGCUUGGGGACCUGCUUGGCUGCUCUCCUGCUCCUCUCUGGUACAGAGCACAGGGGAAGAGAAGAGCUUUCCGCACAGGAGAGCAGUGGAGAGCAAAACUGGGGCCAGUUUGUUCCCUGCAGCUGGAGCUUAGCUCUUUGCCCCAGGGUGGGUGGUGGUGGCUCCUACAAGGAGCACAUCAGGGAAAGAGCCUUUGCUAUAGCCCUGGGCUGAUGAUGUCUCCCACAGUCUUUUCUGAGGUGCUGGUGGCUUGUAGCUGUCCCUCCUUCCCAAUGGCAUGCAUCCUGCCCUGGCUUCUGGACUCUGCUCUGGCUAAAUAAACUGGAAGGAAGAAAGAAACAGGCGACCGUAGUGUUUCAACACCAUGGUGAAAUCUCAUCAAGCCAUGCUGCCUGGCACUGCCAUCGCUCCAGGUG